CUAGAGUAAAAAUCGAAAGUGUGUGUGGUGACAUUGCGGAGAAAAUCCCUCUAAGACGAUGGUCUCUACCAGGCUGUGUUUAUUCAGCAAACAGUUAAUUUACCGCAGAGCUGUCAAAUGGAUAUGGACUGUUUCUCUUUUUAUAUCCGGAUUAUGAUGGUUUGUCUGCUUGGAAUUGUGCGAUUCUCGAGCGGCGAAAAUUGUACAUGUCCACCCAUUCCUCCAAGGAGUCAGACAGAGCCUCCAGACACUGAGAAGUGCUUUAAGCUUAAUGAAAGGUUUCGCUACAAUUGCACCAAAGAUUAUGUGAGGAAAGCAGGAACAUCAAAUCUCAUCACAUGCAAGAAUACUUCGGGAACUGUAGCAUGGACCAAAUCAAACCUCGAGUGUAUACCUCAUCCAGACAAACCCAGACCACCAAGCAGCACUCCAAAAACUUCCACCAGUCUGCAGACCGACAGGAGUUUAAGCACCACAGAAUAUGAAGGAAUAAACAGCACACAGCCAACCCCACAAGCAAAAACUUCCACCAGUCUGCAGACCAACUGGAGUUUAAGCACCACAGAAUAUGAAGGAAUGAACAGCACACAGCCAACCCCACAAGAAACAUUGACACAGACCACAAACACCUGCACAACACAGAACUCCACACUUUCUCCAAUCACAGAUAACCCCACCUCAACUGAACCAUCCCCACAGGUCUAUGGGAAAGUAGUGGGCAUUAGUCUGAGUUCAGUGGUUGUAAUCUGCUCUGUGAUCGGUCUUUGCUUCUUUCUACAACGAAGGAGAUCAAGGAGGUACAUACCACAGGGGACACCCAAAGAAAUGGUUCAAUUAAAUCUUCCAUCAGAACAGCCAUGACAGGUUGCAUGACUACCUUCUGCCACAAAUAGGGAUGUUUCUGGAGGACCUGUCUCCAUGCUGUGGAGAAUGGCUAAAAAAAAACAACUGUGCCACUGUGUUGUCACCCAUUGGUUUGUGGACUGCUGUUUUAAAGCCAUGAGUUUGUACUGGUCUUUGCCAUCUUGGAUUUUUUGCAGAGAUGAAAGUGGAAUUCUUUAUAAUUCACAUUAGAAAGAAAAUAUCUGUCUUUAUUACAGAAUGACUGUACAUAUUUUGCCAAAGGUUAAACCUGUAUAUUGAGUGUAAUAAGGUCUCUACAAUGUUUUAUUUUUAGCCGACUCAGUACAAUUGAGAGAUCCUUCUGAUUAGCUGUUUAACAUGGCUGGAGAAUCCUUUAUUUCUCUGGGAGAACUCCUGCAUCUGUCUGUCUUUGGAGUAGAUUCUCAGUCAUCCAGGCAAUUUCAGGAUUCAGGGCUUGAAUUAAAGGCAGCUGCUUUUGCUCUUGUCUGAAAGGGGUCUUUAUUUCCAGCUGCUUGAAACGUCUUUGGAAAAUUGUACGAGUAUGUCACGGCUGGCAGCUGAAGGUAGUUUUUGCUGUGCGUUCAAGUGCUGUUUGUUUGCCCAGACACAGCUGCAUCCAUUUCCUGCCACUGGUUCUUGAUGUCAGGUUGGCUUCAUUGAACUGAAUUAAAACACAGCAGAAAUGUCUGUGCAGAAUGCAAUGUUUUACCAAAGCAUUACCAUAAACAAACAAAUAAUCGACUGAUGAAAGGUUGGGUAUAAAUAUAUAUCUGCGUUUAUUGUUUGCACAAUCAUGGAAGUGUGUGGUAUGAAUGCUUCUCACUUUGUGUGCACCUGAAUCAGCUUUUACUCCUUUGUGAAUAAGCAUGGCGAUGAUUGUGCGUUUUAAUAUGAAAUAAUCAAGCCAAGAGGUAAUGUCUCACCAAAAACAAAGCUUGAAAUCUUCCUCUGUGCCAUAGACCUUACCUAUUGUCUAGAGACUAUUAAAGCAAAGGGAGACACUCCCACCACAUGUGGUGUUUCGCAAUCACCAAAAUCACAGCUGUGUUUAUUCAGUUAUGCAUAUUGUUGCACUCCACCGACAGUGGCUAACUUAGCCCCUAUUUGAUUUCAUCAUGAACCUUACAAAGGAAAAGAAAGGAAUGAUCACGGAAAAGCUCAUGUGACAAUGAAAGUAGCUUCUCUAAACAGGAAUUCUAUAAAGACUUAGCAUUAUUUUUCCCUUUCAUUUUUUCAUUGUAUGUGAAUAUACAGUCAAGUUUGUUGCAGUAAGAAAUACGAAUGUUGUCUUUUUUUACCUAAAUGUAUCACAAUGAACUGGACCAAAUAUAAACUAAUAAAUCAGCUUUGAACUACUUCUUUGAAUUAUUGAUUGCCAUCAAGCUAGAAACCUAAAGACCUAAAUGGAAAGAUGCUUUAUUAAUCCCUAGAAAAGAGAAAUAAUGUUCUAGUGGUUGGCUCUGUCCAGGUUUCUAUUUGAUGUUUCUGUACCGUGAAGUUUUUUCUGCUGUAGCUUGCUUUCCAGCAUUUUCUUGUACGUCUCUUUGAGCUAUCUUACCUUCAUUUUCAGAUGUUUUCAUUAGCUCUCUCGCUCUCUGGAAGGGUUUGUUUUUAAAUAUUAAGCGUUUUUCAGGAUGUAGGUGAUCCAGGGAUUGUUAUUGUGAAAGCGCCUAAUCUCUACUUUUAUUGUGGGAGCAACGCCCCACACUUCCAGUUGCACUUCAAGUCCUGGCACUGAUGUCAUCCCCACAUGGCUCACAGUGUUUCUCAGCCUUUCUUCAUGAAACGUCCCAACAGUCUUUGAAAACUGAAUCAAGCGACUGCGUAACUGUCUUUGCUGAUGGAAGCAGAAACUUGCAUCUUUCACUCGACGGACCUGAAUAUCCUUCCAACAAAAU